AUGAGGUUCCAUGACAGAUGGAUUGGAUGGAUUAAGGGGUGCCUCACAUCAGCCUCUAUAUCUAUUCUAUUGAAUGGAAGCUCAACCUCUGAAUUUAAGCCUCAAAGAGGUUUGAGACAAGGGGAUCCUUUGGCCCCUCUAUUGUUUGACUUGGUUGCUGAAGGCUUGACAGGAAUGAUGAGGGAAGCAACAAUAAAAGAUUGCUUCCAAAGCUUCUUGGUGGGGAAGAACAAGGUUCCAGUGAAUAUCCUCCAAUUUGCUGACGACACCAUUUUUUUUGGGGAAGCUUCAGUGGAUAAUGUUAAAGCUGUGAAGGCCGUUCUUAGAAGCUAUAAGAUGGUUUCUGGCCUGAGAAUCAAUUUUGCCAAGAGCCAAUUUGGAGCAAUUGGGCAAUCUGAGGAGUGGACCCACUCAAUAGUGAUUAAUAGACUAACAGCCAUUAAAAGAAACUUUCUUUGGGGUCGCAACUUAGAAGGGAAGAAGAUUGCUUGGCAAAUUGAUCAACUCUGGAGCCGAAUUCUGAUUUCGAAGUACAGAGGCUGGAGAGGCUUGGAAGAGGGGCCACCAAAGCCACAUUUCUCUCACUGGUGGUAUGACUUGAGAUCCAUUAAUCAACAUCGGAGUAUGGCUGAGACAGUAACAAAUUUGGGUUCUUUCUGUGAAUCUGGGUGGGAAUGGAUGUUCUCUUGGAGGCGAAAUUUGUUUGAUAAUGAGUUGGGGAUAGCUUCAGCCUUUAUUGAUCAGACUGCUGCUAUCAACCUAAAUGCUAGGUUUAAGGAUAAUUUUGAGUGGGGAGCUGCAUCUAACGGGAUCUUCUCUACCAAAUAUGCUUAUCUUUGCAUUUGA